CAUACAUCAACAACACCCCAUUCACUUACAAAGCUUUUUCUUUUUCAGUGCUUCAUUCUACAACAUUGCAAUGGCCGCUUCCACCAUGGCUCUCUCUUCGCCAUCAUUGGCUGGACAAGCCAUAAAGCUGUCUCCUUCCACCUCGGAACUCUCCGGUGGAAGGAUUUCGAUGAGGAAGGCGGCCUCCAAGUCGGUUUCCUCUGGAAGCCCAUGGUACGGCCCAGACCGUGUGAAGUACCUGGGCCCAUUCUCGGGUGAGGCUCCUUCUUACCUGACGGGGGAAUUCCCAGGUGACUAUGGGUGGGACACUGCCGGGCUUUCUGCUGACCCGGAGACAUUUGCUCGUAACCGUGAACUGGAAGUGAUUCACUCUCGAUGGGCGAUGUUGGGGGCUUUGGGGUGUGUGUUCCCUGAACUGUUGGCCCGGAACGGUGUGAAGUUCGGGGAGGCGGUGUGGUUCAAGGCUGGGUCUCAGAUAUUCAGUGAGGGUGGGCUUGACUACUUGGGCAACCCAAGCCUGAUCCAUGCACAGAGCAUCCUUGCCAUCUGGGCCACACAGGUGAUAUUGAUGGGUGCAGUGGAGGGUUACCGCAUUGCCGGUGGGCCUUUGGGUGAGGUGACUGACCCAAUCUACCCGGGUUGGAGCUUCGACCCAUUGGGCCUUGCUGAUGACCCAGAGGCCUUUGCUGAAUUGAAGGUGAAAGAGUUGAAGAAUGGGAGAUUGGCCAUGUUCUCCAUGUUUGGUUUCUUCGUUCAAGCCAUUGUCACUGGCAAGGGACCUUUGGAGAACCUCGCCGAUCACCUUGCCGACCCCGUCAACAACAACGCCUGGGCCUACGCCACCAACUUUGUCCCUGGAAAGUGAGAGAACUUGCAUAUGAGACUUAUAAUUUCAUUUUGUUAUCUGGUUUGUGUAGUCUUAUAUUGAUUAUGCUCUUAAUUUAACACAUAAUUCGAUAUAUAUCAAUUAAAAGUGUUAAUUGAAUAAUA